AUGGGCGAACCCGAGAAGAACCUCGACAAGCUACGUGAAGAGCAAGCGGAGGACGAUGCCGACCUCCUCGCAGAGCUGGACAAAGAGUCCAAAGAGUUCGACAAGGACUCGGAAAUCGAACGCAUCCUGAAAGCUUUCCGUGCCAACGCCUACGAUGUCCUCGACCUCCAACCCGGCGUGCCCGACGAAGACAUCAAGAAAGUCUACCGCAAGAAAUCCCUCCUCAUCCAUCCAGACAAGUCCUCCAACCCCAAAGCACCCGACGCCUUCGACCGAUUAGCAAUCGCCUACCAAACCCUGCUCGAGGAAAAGAAGCGCGCGAACCUCGACGAAGCCAUCGCCGACGCCCGCAUGCUGUUGAUCCGCGAACGCAAACUCACCGUCGACAGCGAGGAGGUUAAAGAUCCCGAUGUCAACUUCAUCAAAGCGUGGAAGGAGAUGAUCAAGGUUGUGCUGGCGGACAUGGAGGAGCGGCGGCGACGGCAGAUGAAGGCGCAGAUGCAGGAGGAGGGGCGGCAGCAAAGGAAGGAAGAGCAAGAGUUGGAGGAGCGGAAGCGGAAGAGAGAGCAUGAGCAGGAUUGGGAGAAGACGAGGGAGAAGAGAAUUGAUAGUUGGCGGGACUUUCAGAAGAAGGGGAGUACGGAUAAGACCAAGAAAAAGAAGAUGAAGACGUUGGGGUGA